AGCCCCGUGCUUCUCCAUCACCAACAGUCUUCCACACUGCUGGCCACUCAACCAUGAGGUCCCAUUCCUGCCUGCCUGUCUUCCUCCUCCUUGUGAUGAUAAUGCCGAAAGGAAAGGCUGGUGUUGUUCCAGGGGAAAAGCAAUGCAUUUUGUUGAAAGGAAGGUGCAAAGACAUAGCAUGCACAUCCACAGAUGAUACCAUUGGCGAAUGUAACGACGAGAAAAAAUGUUGCAGGAAAUGGUGGGUGUUUUUUCCUUACCCAACACCCGUUCCCAAAGGAAAGUCUCCUUAG